GGAACUUGGGUAUCCAAAGGGAAGGGCAUAGGUAGGAAGGGUACAGGGAGGUCAAAGAGUGCAAGGGUGUUCACUGAUGUUGAGGAUAUAGGUUCAGAAGAGGAGAGUGAGGAUUCAGAUUGGGAGGAAUCUGAACCAGACUCUGAACUAGAGGAGGAUAAACUUGAUGAUUAGGUUGACUCUGAUGUGGAGGCUGAGGUGAUAACAGAUGAUGUGCCUGACUUAUUGUUUGAGGAAUGUUUGGAUGGUUCUAGUAAGAUGGAUAAGGCCUACAAGAAUGGAAAGAUAUGGACUCAUCAACCAUAUGGGUCCAUCAAAUUAGAACCUUGGUUGAUCUUUCCAGACAAGUCCACUUUCCUAGAUGUUUUGAGGAGUUUUUGCAUACAAGAGGGGUUUGGACUUAGUGUUGAGAGGGCUGACAGUAAGAGGUACACUGCAGUGUGUGCAAUAGAAACUUGUGACUGGAGGAUACAUGCAAGUAAGAUGUUUGACAGUGUCAGUUGGGCUAUUAAGGGGAUCAGUGGGUGCCACAAAACUUGUGGGAGAUUGGAGGAGAACCCUGUGGUGACCUCUGAGUGGCUAUGUAAGAACAUGAUGAGUCUAAUUGAGGCUAACACUGAAAUUCCUGUUGAGACAUUGAGAAGGUAUGCACAGGAGACAUUUCAAUUGAGGGUUAAAAAGAGAUUGUUGUACAAAGUAAGGAGUAUGGCAGUAGAGAAGAUACAUGGUGGUUGGGCUGAGGCUUAUGAGUUGCUUCCUAGGUAUGCUGAGAUGAUUAAACAGACAAACCCAGGAAGUUAUGCACUGAUUUCAUGGGGUGCUACAAGUGGGGAUGUGAACCCCAAGUUCAGAGCUUGUUUCUUCUCCUUUGCUGCUCAAGUCAAGGGGUUUUUGAGGGGGUGCAGGCCUAUAAUUGGAAUAGAUGGGGCUCAUCUAAGUGGGUUUUACAAGGAAAUCCUACUCACAGCUGUUGGCAUUGAUGGGAACAAUGAAAUAUUUGUUCUGGCUUAUGGGAUAGUGGACACUGAGAGCUGUGAUAGUUGGACACAUUUCAUGAGAUGCUUGAGGCAGAUGUUUGAGCAAGAGGGUUGCAACAAAGAUGAUUGGACCUUCAUCAGUGACAGGAUGAAGGGAGUUGACUUGGCAGUGAGAGAUACUUUUCCUAGAGCUACUAGGAGAGUUUGCUGCCAACACUUGUACAUGAAUUGCAAAAACAAUGGAUUUAGUGGAUCUGCUUUCUUCAAACUGUUUUGGAUAGCUGCAAAUGCACACAAUGAGUAUGUGUAUGGUAAAGCAUUAGAGAAGAUCACUGCUCAUGAUCCAAAUGCUGCUGCAUACUUGGACACAUGCCAAGAGCAGUGGUCCAGGCAUAUGUUUGACCCUGCUAUUUGUUGUGAUCACAACACAACAAACUUUGUGGAGUCAUUCAAUGCAUGCACAAAACCAUAA